CACGUGACCUUCCGUACAACCAAAAUGGCCGUUGUUGUAUUUUAACGCAUAAAAGACAGCCCUACUUUUUCUUUUUGUUUCCUUUGGGGAAGAAAACCGGAAAACGAGAGACUUUUCGGGGGAGCCGUAUGUCACCAGCCUUCUCUUACCGGUUUCUUUUUUUUAAUCUCGCAGACAAUCAGUACUGACACAUAUUCGUUUCACCGACUUGUGGACUAUGCAUAUUUAGUUCCACCGAAGGCUGGCUAGCUGGCUCUGGCUGCCUAACACACAGUGAAACCAAUUGAGAGUGACACAGCGAGCUAAUACAGCAGCGGCGAUGGAGGAACUAAGCGCCGACGAGAUUCGCAGAAGGCGUCUUGCACGACUGGCAGGUGGACAGACGUCACAGCCCUGCACCCCUCUCAGCACGCCCCUGACCUCCCCACAGAGAGAAAACCCACCUGGACCCCUCCUUGGACCCUCAGCUGCCACACCCCAGCCCCUGCCACCAGCUGCCUCCCAGUCACUGGGGCUGAAUGUCCACAGUGGAACCCCAGCCACAUCCCCCAUGGGCACCUCUGGAGUGGCCUAUGGUAGUCAGAGCAGUGAGGGUGUCAGCUCCCUCUCCAGCUCCCCCUCCAACAGCCUUGAGACUCAGUCCCAGAGUUUGUCCCGAUCUCAGAGCAUGGACAUCGACACUGCCUCCUGUGAAAAGAGCAUGUCCCAGGUGGAUGUGGACUCAGGGAUAGAGAACAUGGAGGUGGAAGACAGUGACCGCAGGGAAAAAAGGAAUUUGAGUGAAAAGGAAACGUCUGCAAACUCAGACGUCUCUGAAGAGCAGGCUCUGCAGCUCAUUUGUAAAAUCCUCCGCGUAUCGUGGAAGGAUCUGGAUAGAGAUGUCAUCUUUCUGCCUUCACUGGCUGCUGAGUUCCACCAUAAUCCUAAAGACGCGUACUCUGAUUUUAAGGACCUUAUUGGCCAGAUCCUGAUGGAAGUUUUAAUGAUGUCCUCCCAGUCACGGAUCCACAACCCUUUUGCCAGCUUGACCGCCACCUCUCAGCCAAUUGCAGCCGCCAAAUCCCCUGACCACCGUCUGACACUGGUGCAGCCCUCCAGUCUUGGUGGAAGUCCCAUGGGCCCCGGUGCAGGGUCUUUUGGUGCCAGCUCUCUGUCCAGUCUGUAUGGGUGUGGUAGUCCUCACCCUUUGUCUAUGGAUGCAGCCAGGAGGAUGUCUUCAUCUUUCUCCACCCCUUCUAUGCCCGCGGUCCCCUCCACAUCCUCCGUCCCACAGUUUGUUGUUCCCCCCAGCCCACCCAUUACAUCUGUUUCAAGACACCCCCUCAACCCUCCCUCUGCUCCCCUGCCCAUUACCCAGAGAUAUCGACCCUACUCCAUUAACUCCUCCUGGGGGGCUCCUUCCCCAUCCAGCUGGAGCAACAGAGGAGUUGGCUUCUUUGAGCCCCCACUCAGCCCGGCUGAGCCCUCUGUUCCACCCAAUACACCAGUUCCAACCUUGCCACCACCGAGCACUCUGCCCCUCCCCUUAAGCUCCUCUGCAGCCCACAACCUGCCCCUUUCCACAUCCUCCCCCAUUGCCCCCCCUUCUCCCAGGUCUCACACUCAACAAAGGUCUUUCGGCUCAAGGAUCCCACCGUCUAGCCCCCUGUCGCUCCUGUUCUUUGCCCUCCCUGAUGCGUCUCAGGACAGCUGUGAUGAGGAAUCGGGUGAGGAGGAUGAGGAGGAAGAUUUUUCUCGGGUUCAGUUUGGGUCCAGUCUUGGUGCAUGUGGAGGGGUGAUGCCCAGCGACUCAGCCUGCGACCGCUUCACCAUUGAAACAUGCAAAGAAACGGAGAUGCUGAACUACCUCAUAGAGCGUUUUGACAGUGUUGGUAUGGAGGAGAGGAAAGCUCCCAAGAUGUGCAGCCAACCUAAUGUCAGCCAGCUCCUCAGCAACAUUCGAUCUCAGUGCAUUUCUCAUGUCGCCCUGGUCUUACAAGGCGCCCUAACCCAGCCUCGAAGUCCGCUCCAUCAGUCGCUGCUGGUUCCUUAUAUGCUGUGUCGGAACCUUCCUUACGGUUUUAUUCAGGAGCUUGUUCGAAUUACCCACCAGGAGGAGGAGGUCUUUAGACAGAUCUUUAUUCCUAUCCUCCACGGUCUGGGUCUUGCAGUUAAAGAAUGUUCUUUCGACAGUGACAACUUUAAAUUCCCCCUCAUGGCUCUAGCUGAACUUUGUGAAAUUAAAUUUGGAAAAGCUCAUCCAGUGUGUAAUUUGAUGAUAUCACUGCCUCUCUGGUGUCCUAAACCUCUCAGCCCUGGGUCUGGCAGGGAGAUACAGAGACUGUCCUACCUGGGAGCCUUCUUCAGCCUCUCUGUUUAUGCUGAAGAUGAUAGUAAAGUGGGAGACAAGUAUUUCUCUGGCCCUGCCAUCACUAUGGAGAACACCCGAGUUGUCAGUCAGUCGUUGCAGCACUACCUGGAAUUGGCGAGGGGUGACCUGUUUAAAAUUCUCCACAAUAUCCUGCUGCAUGGAGAGCCGCGAGGCGAGACGCGAGACUUGGCUCUUAAUUACAUGGCAGCUUUAGUCAACUACAAUGUGAAGAAAGCUCAGAUGCAGACGGAUGACAAACUGGUGUCCACAGACGGCUUCAUGCUGAACUUCUUACGGGUGCUGCAGCAGCUGAGCAUGAAGAUCAAGCUGGAGACUGUGGACCCUUAUUACAUUUUCCACCCACGCUGUCGCCUUGCUGUCAGCGUUGAGGAGACACGUUUGAAGGCAACGAUGGAGGAGCUGAAGAGCUGGCUAUCUGAACUACAUGAAGAUCCGUCCAAGUUCUCAGAACCCAAGUUCCCAACAGAGUGUUUCUUCUUGACGUUACACACACACCAUUUGUCCAUUCUGCCUUGCUGCAGGCGCUACAUCCGUAGGUUGCGAGCCAUCCGUGAACUUAACAGGACUGUAGAGGAGCUGAAGAACAGUGAAGGCCAAUGGAAGGAUUCUCCUCUGGCCAGUAGACAUAGAGAGAUGCUGAAACGUUGCAAAACCCAGCUCAAGAAACUCGUGCGAGCCAAAGCUUGUGCUGACGUCGGCCUUCUGGAUGAGAACCUGCUCCGCAGAUGUCUGCAGUUCUACAGCACGGUCAUCCAGCUCCUCCUCCGCAUGGUGGAUCCGGCCUACCCAAACAUUACCCUGCCACUAAACCCUGAGAUUCCCAAAAGCUUUGCUGCUCUUCCGGAGUUUUACAUUGAAGAUGUGGCUGAGUUUCUGCUUUUUGUUGUGCAGUAUUCUCCCCAGGUUUUAUAUGAGCCAUGUGUGCAGGACAUUGUCACCUUCUUGGUGGUGUUCAUCUGCAGCCAGAAUUACAUCAGGAACCCCUAUCUUAUAGCCAAGUUGGUGGAGGUGCUGUUUGUCACAAACCCUGCUGUGCAGUUACGUACUCAGCAAUUUUCUGAAAUGAUGGAGAACCACCCGUUGUCUAUCAAACAGCUGGUCCCUGCCCUUAUGAAGUUCUACACAGAUGUUGAGCACACUGGAGCCACCAGCGAGUUCUAUGAUAAAUUCACUAUACGAUAUCAUAUCAGCACCAUCUUCAAAAGCCUGUGGCAGAACAUUGCCCACCAUGGAACAUUCUUGGAGGAAUUUAACUCUGGCAAACAGUUUGUUCGCUACAUCAACAUGCUGAUAAAUGACACCACCUUCUUGUUAGACGAGAGUCUGGAGUCACUAAAGCGAAUUCAUGAAGUUCAAGAGGAGAUGAAAAAUAAGGAGCAGUGGGAGCAGUUACCCAGGGAUCAGCAGCAGAGCCGACAGUCCCAGCUCACCCAGGACGAGCGGGUGUCUCGCUCCUAUCUGGCCUUGGCCACAGAGACAGUAGAUAUGUUCCACAUCCUCACCAAGCAGGUCCAGAAGCCUUUCCUCAGGCCUGAGUUGGGGCCUCGUUUAGCAGCAAUGCUGAACUUUAACCUCCAGCAACUGUGUGGACCCAAGUGCCGUGACCUGAAGGUGGAAAACCCAGAGAAGUACGGCUUUGAGCCCAAGAAGCUUUUAGAUCAGCUGACGGACAUCUACCUGCAGCUGGACUGUGCUCGCUUUGCUAAAGCAAUUGCAGAUGACCAGAGGUCGUACAGCCGCGAGCUCUUCGAAGAGGUGAUCUCCAAGAUGAGAAAAGCUGGAAUUAAAUCCUCCAUCGCAAUUGAAAAAUUCAAGUUGCUUUUGGAGAAAGUCGAAGAAAUAGUUGCCAGAAACUCUCAAUCCGAAAUGGACUACAGUGAUGCACCUGACGAGUUCAAAGACCCACUGAUGGACACACUGAUGACUGACCCUGUGUUGCUGCCUUCCGGGAAAAUCAUGGACCGAUCCAUCAUCCUCCGCCACCUGCUCAACUCUAACACUGAUCCCUUCAACAGACAGCCACUCACAGAGAGCAUGUUGGAGCCAGUUCCUGAGCUGAAGGAAAGGAUCCAAGCCUGGAUGAGAGAGAAGCAGGGUGGACGACUUGUCUAAGGACCAUGUCUCCCCUCCCUGACCUUGACCCACUCAAAGGAUUUGUCCUCAUCCCCUGAAUUUGGUGUCACUGCAACCAAUGACAACAAAAAAAGAA